AUGGAUACUCUUCAAGAAAUAAGCAAACAAUAUUUCCGUACUGACUUGCCGCCUUUACAAGUUGGAGACAAAGUAGAAAUUACCACUAAAAACUUCAAUAAAAACGAAAAAGCCAAGAAUGAGGAAAAACCAAAACUUCGCCUGACUCACUUCAAAGGCACAGUAAUUGGACAAAAAAACCCUGGGCAAAUUAGUUAUACUUUUUCGGUAUUAAAGGAAAGCAAAGGGAGAUGGGAAAAAUUGGCAGGUGGUCAUUUGGUCGCUCCACCCCAAAGAAGAAAAAAACCAAGCAGAAAGCAGAUAAUUGCAUUGGCUUUGUUUUUCUCCUUACUAAUUCUAGAAGGGCUGUUCAUUGAUAAAGAAUACCAUAAGCAGGACCAAAACACAAAAGAAAUUAUUCAGAAAGCAGAAAAGGUGGGGGUAAAAUAUAUCCUUAAUGUUGGCUACGAUAAAGAAAGUAAUGAAAAAGUAAUCGAACAAUUAAAACAGUUUUCUAAUUUAUAUGGUGCCUUGGGCUUGCACCCAAACAGUAAUGAAGAUUUGGAAGAAGAAAAUUUGCAGUGA